GUCCCGGAGGGCGGCGAGCGGGGCGGGCCAUGGGAGCUGCUCCCGGGUGGGCAGAGGCACGAGUGGGUCGGCGCGGCUGAGGACAUGCCUGUGCUCUGCUGUUGACCGGCUCCGGCGGGAACCCAGCUACCGGAGCCUCGGCGAGGCAGAGGGGAGCCCCGCAGCGUUUGGUAAACGAAGCAGAAGCCAUUGAGUCAGCAGUUAGCCGGUUGGAAGAACCCACACCUGUGUUUUACAGCACUUUGGGUGGAAAUUGGAUGCGAAAAUGAAGCCAGACCGAGAUGCCUUGGAUGAAUAUUUUGAGUAUGACGCAGAGGAGUUCUUGGUGUCUUUGGCCUUGCUGAUAACAGAAGGAAGAACACCUGAGUGCUCCGUGAAAGGGCGUGCAGAGAGUUUCCACUGUCCUCCAGCACAGUCUCGUUUUCCAGGAACAGCCAGACAUGAAUGCAGCGACAAGCUGGCCCAGUGCCGCCAAGCCAGACGAACCAGAUCUGAGGUCACGCUGUUGUGGAAAAAUAAUCUUCCAAUCAUGGUGGAAGUGAUGCUCCUUCCAGAUUGCUGCUACAGUGACGAGGGGCCUAGCACAGAGGGCACGGAUCUGAACGACCCGGCCAUUAAGCAAGACGCAUUGUUACUGGAGCGGUGGAUCUUGGAGCCGGUUCCCCGACAGAACGGUGAUCGCUUCAUCGAAGAGAAGGCGCUUCUGCUGGCUGUCCGGUCGUUCGUGUUUUUUUCUCAGUUAAGUGCUUGGCUGAGUGUUUCUCAUGGUGCUAUUCCAAGAAAUAUUCUUUACAGAAUCAGUGCUGCUGAUGUCGACUUGCAGUGGAGUUUUUCACAGACUCCAACUGAGCACGUGUUUCCUGUUCCCAAUGUCUCUCACAAUGUGGCCUUGAAAGUCAGCGUUCAGUCCUUACCCAGACAAGCUCAUUAUCCAGUUCUGGCCUGUAGCAUUCAUACUAACAUUGGUCUAUAUGAGAAGAGAAUUCAAGAACAGGAGCUUAGAGUCUAUCAGCAUCAACAUCAGCAUCAGCAUCGUGGCCCUGGCGAACUGGAGCACCGUUGUCCCAGCGGCCCACAGAGUCUUUGCAGCAAACACACAUGGACCAUGGCACCUGUGAGUGCCCUGCAUGUAAGAAGUGGCAUGCCCCCAGAGUACACUGUAGCCAUUAGAAACGUCAGGCUCUGCCCAGGCACAGGAAGCAAGUCUGACCAUGGGGCGUCUCAAACCAAUGCCAUGGGCCUCAGCGGCACCGGAGAAGUCAAGUCACAGGAGACAUCAGGGAGAACUUUAAAAUCACUCUCUGUGAUUGAUUCUAGUGCCCCCAGCUGUCAGAGCUCCCGGCAGUCUGUGGGAGAGCCCAGCCCUUUAAUCGACUCCCUGAUUCAGGAUCGACAAGAAGUCAUUGCCAGGAUUGCUCAGCACUUGAUCCACUGUGACCCCAGCUCCUCCCGUGUGUCCGACCUCCCCUUUAACGCCCAGGAGCCCACUUCACUUAGCCCAAAGCUUCACCCAGGGUCGCAAGAAAGUGAGGGUGUGAGAAGGUGCAAAGAGGCCUUCGCGGUCUCUUUUGGGAGUCCAGACUUUAGCUCCCCAGAAGGCACCAGUGAGGGGAAAGUGAGAGGGAAGUCGGAAACUAAGCAAGGUGAAACCUGCACCUCUCACAGCCCUUACCCUCGCCAGCCUGGGGAGGCAAACCCGCUGAUUGGCUCUUUGCUCCAGGAGCGGCAGAGUGUCAUAGCCCGGAUCGCACAGCACUUGGAGCACAUAGACCCCACAGCUCACAUUCCCCGGCCUGCAUUCGGCAAGCACGACUCCAAUUCCAUUCCUUCUAAAGUGUUCAGGAGUUCAUAUGAUGGCAAAACCUUGUUGAAGAAGAACAGAGACAGUGUCUCUGCUGCUCAUACAGAAGUGUCCUUACUGGAAGACAGAGGUGAUGGGGAAAGCCCCAAACCUAGUAAGUGCUUCCCGUCUUUCAGAUACAGUCCUCAAGAAAAGCCUCUGGGACACGAAGCAAGAACUCAGCCUCACGACUGUCCUGCUGACCUCACCCACAGCGCCAGGCAGGAGCUGCAGGAGGCUGCUGCUGGCUUACUAACCUCCUCUAAUGUGUCUCUCUGCAAUGAAAGCAGCUUGGGUUUGAUUAGCAGAUUGGAAAGUACACCUUGUAAAUCACAACUUAAGGAGCAAGAAAUGAGCCAUGAAACUGAGAAACAGUGUUCACACUGCAACAGUAUUGACAAACAGAUUUACACAAAUAAAUGUACGGAGAAAAUAAAGGACGGGAGUCACAACCCAGGGUCUUGCGGUCACCUCCAAUGUGAUGACUCAAAAGGUAUUGACGCAAAAGUAAAAGUUACUGUGUCGGAAAUGUCUGACUAUUUGAACACCUACAAAACUAAUUGUUCCAAUAAAGGCUUCAAAAGAUCAAAGACUUGUGAGCAAAGCACUCAGCUUGGCACAGAAACUGAUCUCAGUGAAGAUAUUGAGGGUUCCAAAUGCACAUCAGGUCAACUAAAAACUGAGCAGGAGGAAAAAGACGAUUCAGUUGGUGAAAAACUUCAAAGUGUAAAGCACUGUUUGUCUACAAGCAAAAGACUGGAAAAUGCAGACAUGGGGAGGGCUACACUGAAACAUUCAAGUGUCUGGAGAAAACAUAAUUCUCAUUCCUUGGAUGGGACGUCAACCAGAGCCUUUCACCCUCAGACGGGGUUGCCUCUCCUCUCAAGUCCUGUUCCUCAAAGAAAAACACAGUCAGGUUGCUUUGAUCUAGACACAUCGCUGCUGCAUCUGAGAAGCCUGUCCUCCAGAAGCUCUCGACCAUGUCUAAACAUUGUGGAGGAUGCAGAUGUUCAUGAAAAACCUUUUUUGAGUUCGAGUGCUCCACCGAUCACAAGUCUUAGUCUCCUAGGAAACUUUGAGGAAUCUGUUCUGAAUUACCGUUUAGACCCCCUCGGCAUAGUUGAUGGCUUUACUGCUGAGGUAGGAGCCAGUGGUACUUUCUGCCCCACGCACUUGACUCUGCCAGUGGAAGUGUCAUUCUACAGUGUUUCGGAUGACAAUGCUCCCUCGCCUUAUAUGGGUGUGAUUACUUUAGAGUCCCUUGGUAAAAGGGGUUACCGAGUACCUCCUUCAGGAACGAUACAAGUGACCUUAUUCAAUCCUAAUAAGACUGUGGUGAAGAUGUUUGUUGUCAUGUAUGACCUACGAGGCAUGCCAGCCAAUCACCAGACAUUCCUGCGACAGAGGACGUUUUCUGUUCCCGUUAAACAAGAAAUGAAGAGAAGUGUUAACCAGGAGAACGCGCAGCACACAGCACAGCUACUACGCUACCUCAUACAUCUGAGGUUCCAGAGUUCUAAAUCUGGAAAGAUCUACCUCCAUAGAGACGUCCGGCUCCUGUUCUCUAGGAAGUCCAUGGAGGUCGAUAGCGGUGCUGCGUAUGAACUCAAAUCUUACACUGAGUCGCCAACAAACCCUCAGUUUUCACCAAGAUGUUAGUGAAGGGAACAACUUAAAGUAUUUGCUCAGUACCCAAGCUUGAACGUGAGCAUUCACAGAAUGGAGUACAUCAACGAGAGCCAAUGGAGCUCCCUCCUCUGUCCUGGACCAGAUUUUAUUAAAGGACCCUGCAGUGAGAUCUGUGGCCCCAAGGGGACUGGAUGCACCUAUGUCCUCCCCCUUUUCAUACUGUUGAAACCACUUCAUUGGACAGUUGCAAUAGCAAAAUCCCCAAUUAGAUUAGUGUUUACACAUUUUAUUUCUGUUAUUUAAUAUUUAAUGUUUUUCUUAAUACUCAAGUGAUGUUUGUCUCUAGUGUCCUAAUGUAGCACAAUCCUAUGUAAAAUCAUACUAUGUAUUUUUGACAUUAAUGUUGAAAUCUGAAAUAUAUGCACAAGUCUUUAAUUUUGUGUGGUGUGUUUUAAGUGCUAUUCAAUUAAGCUGCUGAAAAUGAGAAUGAAAUGUUGGGCUUCUUUCAGAUUAAUGCACUACGCAAGCAUGUGUGCUUUUUCUGUCUCUCCAGGUUAAGUUUUCUAGCCGUC